AUGGUGAACGGAAAGCAGAAUGAGAGACCACUGCAAGACACGGCGAUUGUCCAGGCGAUGAAGAAGGAGUAUCCAUUUUUGAAAAAUUGGCGGGAUUACAAUUUUGACGACGAGCGAGCACUUUACAACAGCAAGUUCGAAUCCAUUUGCAGCGAUUGGCAAGGAACCGCCAAAUACCUGAACAAGCAUAAUUGCAUAAAGCUGUUUAGCAUUAUCGACACUGUAAUCAACAGAGGAAAAGUGAAAGGGGAUGACGAAAUCUGGAAGAGCUUAAAAGAAUGGUUUGAAAAACCUAAUAAAAAUACAGAAUUCACGCCAGAAUUGAUUAAAAAAUACAUUAAUGAGAUUGGAGAUGAACUAAAUAAAGUACUUCAAAAUGAUUUUAGGAAAUUUAAAAGUACCCAUGAAAAUAAUAUCGAGUUUGGCCAUAUAGCAAUGUUAUUUUAUUUCAUACAAAAUGUAGCAGAAAUUAAGCCUUUGAUGGAAAAUCCAAGUAAUUCCCAAUUUCCUUCAGCUUGUGCAUUUGUAAAUCAUUGUCUAGAGAUUUAUCGACAAAUUAAGGAGCUUAAAUGUUCGGGUAAUUCAAGCACCAAUUAUAGUGGCAGUACUAUAUGCGUGGAAAUUAAUUCCUUUUUGGAAAAGUACAAAACUUUCUUGUAUCCAAAUCUCAAAAAGUGGGAAAUUGUGGACAUACCUAAAGGUGCAGAUGGCCCCAUAGAUGCCCCAUUAAAGUGUCCCUAUGAGACUUCUAAGAGAUCAUUCCUUAGCAAUUAUCCUGGAUAUGAUACUGACUUAUCCUUCGGCGGCAAGGUGGGGGUGAUUUCUGCUUCUGCCCUUUUGGUAUCCGUCAGUUUGUUCAUGCUGUACAAGUUCACCCCUCUGGGAUACAUGUUUGGUAGAGAGAGAAGAGGACGACGAACUUGGAUAGGAAUGGGACACCCUUAUAGACAAGGAAUGCAUGAUGGAAUGAGCAGCAUGGGCCCAAGUUCGGAAGGUACAGAUUAUAUGCCUUAUUAUUCUUCUCAAGGAAUGGGAGGCAAUGGAAAUUAUGGGGUGCAAGGUUUUGGCAGUGAUCCUUCCAUGGGAUCAGGACAGACUUUGGGAGGUUCAUCGUAUGGGUCGUCUCAAAUGUUGGGCGGUUCAAGAGGAGGGUCGUCUCAAAUGUUUGGAAGUUCAACAGGCGGAUCGUCUCAAAUGUUUGGAAGUGCAACAGGCGGGUCAUCACAAAUGUUUGGAAGUUCAACAGGAGGGUCAUCACAAAUGUUUGGAGGUCCAAGAGGCGGAUCAUCACAAAUGUUUGGAAGUGCAACAGGAGGGUCAUCUCAAACGUUAGGGGGUUCAUCGUACGGGCCGUCUCAAUCGUUUGGAGGUUCAACAUAUGGUACGUCACAAACGCUAGGAGGUUCAACACGUGGGGAGUCUCGAACUUCGAGACGUCCAAAACGUGGGGCCACGGAAACUUCGGCAAGUUCAACACUUGGGGAGUCUGUAACUUCGAGAGGUUCAACACGUGCCGAGUCGGUAACUUCUAGAGGUUCAUCAGAUACAGAAUCGGUAGCUUCGAGUGCAACAAGUGCGUCAUCACAAAUGUCUAGAGGUUCAUAA